ACUUGUUUUGCCAACUGGACAAAGUCCUGUCACUAUUGCAAAAUAAUGCAAUAUUCUUAUUGUUUACAUCUGCUACAUGUCCGGAUUUCCUUUGCAAAUCGUUAAUAGUGAUAUGUGAUGAUAAUCUACAUUGGUUACAAUGUCUUGGUUGAAUUUGAAUCAAAGUUUAAACAGUCUAAAGGGACAGAUUACAAAUUUCGCUUCAGAAGUUUUAUCCGAAGGUGUUUCUCCCGUUUCUGGCGAUGAAGCUGCUAACACAGACUCUUCUCCUAAGAACCUAGAAGAGAAAUGCCAAAAACAGGAACUCGAGAUCGAAGCACUGAAAAAGCUCAAUGAAGAACUGCAGGCUACAUUGCAAUCAGAGAGGCUUGCUCGAAAAAAUGGCAUUAAAGAUGAAGAAUCCAGUUGGUACUGGGAUCCUCCGCCACAACUACCUCAGCAAGUUGUGGAUAAUCAACAUCAAUCCCAAAUCCGCGAACUGGAGCUUGAAAUAUCCAACCUGAAAGCUAGAGAUCCAGAAUCGACCCAGCCACUUGAACAGGAACUCAUAAGACUUCGAGAAGAGAACCUAAAUUUAACAAGUAAUCUGGAGGACUUAGACACUCAACAUCAAUUGGCCAUGGAAAGACUUCUGGCUUUAAAAAAGGAAUUGCAGAAAAACUUCGAAGUAUUGAAACAGGAACAUGAAGAUUUAAAAAAUACAAAUAAUGAAUACUCCACACAGAUCCGAUUAUUUGUAGAAAAAAUCGAUGAAAAAGAUAGAGAAAUCCAAAGACUACAAGGAUACAAAACUGAGUACGAAACGCUGCAACACAAAUAUUGCAAUUUAGAAAAGGUUCAUAGUCUAUUAAGAGAAAACGCUGAGAAAUUUCAAGAAGAGAAUCAGGAAUUGCACGAGGAAGUUUUCAAACUCCAAGAGCAAGUCACAAAGCUGGAGCAUGAAGUGGAAAUUUGUAAUAAACAUGAUGAAUUAUCGAAUUUUGUUCCAAGAGAAAAUUACGAUGCAAUUUUAAAAGAACUGCACGAGCUGAGGCAUAGGCGGAAUUCCAAUCAGAUGCAAUUAGAUGAAGUUAAUAUUGACGAUAAUGCCAAAAGUUUAAUUGAAAAAUUUAAAAGGGAUAUACACGAAUUGAAACAUCAGCUAUCCCUAAAAGACUUAGACAGUGAUCAUAAAAAGAUAGGUUCUGAAAAAAUAAUGCAACUUUACAAUAAAUAUGUGAAUUUUGAAUUGCCUGUUGAUUACCUGGGUGAAAUACCUGCAUCUGAAGACAAAAUUAUUUUGUUCAAACUAGAAAGUAUUUUUAAAACGCUCAAUGCGUUUAAAAAGGAUAUUGAUACCCUUCAACACAAACUUUCUGAGAAAAAUCACAAUAUUAAUCAUUUACAAACGCAAAUAGAUGAUUUGACUACAGAAAAUGAUUUUUUGACGACUGAUAUUCAGCAUUAUGAAAGUGAAUUGAAUGAGAUGAAGAAAAACAAUGAUUUUCUAAUUUCUGAAAUAGCGGCCUUAAAGAAUACGUCCAAAUUAGAACCAAUAAUAGAAACUCAUGAAGACAAUAUAGCGAAAUUAGAAACAGAACUAGAUCAUUGUACUAUGAAAAAUAAAACUUUUGAAAAUGAAAUUCUCAAAAUAGAAUUUGAACUAGCUGAAGUCAAAGCUGAAAAAGUAGUUUUACAGGAAAGUUUAAACGAAAUGAGGAGUAAAUACACCGUAAUGCUUGAAGAGCUGGACCAACUUAAAAAUCAAGCUAAAGAGGUACAGGAGUUGGAAAAUUCGAGUAAUACCCACUACACGGUUAAGCUUCAACAAGCUCAUGAUGAGAUUGACGCGUUGAAGAAAAAACUUAACACAACAAGUGCCAAAAACGAACAAUUAUCAAUAGACAUACACAUAAUUGAAAAUGACAAAGUACUUCUUACAAAAGAAAUUGAUGACCUAAAACAUGCGUUAGAAGAAAGCGUACUUGUAAAUAAGGAACUGGAGACUCUGAAGACAACUCUAGAUCAGAAACUUGAAGAUCUUGAACGCAGGCUAAAUGAAGUGUUUACACAUAGCCACGAACACGGGGAAAAAAAUGUUAUUCUGGAGAAUAAUUCGACAGAACCAAAGGAUUUAAACAAAGAAUCUGAAUUAGAUACGAUUGCAGUUCAAAAAAUUCGUCUCGACGAAAAGUUACAAGGUGUAUUAAAAGAAAAUUCGUCAUUGGCUGAAAAAAUACACAAACUAACCAACGAUGUUGUUCAAUUACAAAAAGUAGAGCAAGAGCUUCGAGCUGAAAACAGUACUUUGAAAAACAACACAAGUGCUGAAUGUGCUCAUGUUUCUGAAUUACAAGAAACGAUCGAUGACUUAAAAGCGAAAGUGAUACAACUAAAUACCUGUAAAACGCAAAUAACCAAAUUAAAGGAAGAGAAUCACAAGCUCAGCGAAAGAAAAUUGGAACUUGAAGGAGAAUUGUUCAGCACAGACAAGAAAAUAUUGCAUCUCGAAGAAGAAUUUGACAAGUUAAUAGCAGAUAUAAACGAGAAAGACACAGUAAUAGAUAGCCUUAAUAUUAAAGUGAAUGAAAGCAAUAACACAAUAGAAACUUUGAAUCAAAGUGUGAGUGAUCUUACUAAAACAUUAAACUUGAAAAAUGACGAGAUUCAGAAACUCACCUCUUCAAUAAAAGAAAUUAUGGAAAAGUUCAAUGAAAAUACAUUUAAAUGUGACAAAAGUAUUGAAGAAUUAGCUAAAUUGCAAUAUGAAAAAGAGGAUAUGAGUAAACAAAUUAUUUUCUUAAAUGAAGAAAUUAAUGUUAGAAAUUCACAUCUGUCAGCACUGACUAUCCGUUCAGAAGAAUUAGAGAAAACGUGUAAGGAAUAUAAAACUGUAAUAGAAAACAAAGACAAAGAAAUAAAGGAGCUGAGUCAAUCCAUAAUAGAACUCACAGACAAAAUAAAAAUCACAGACAAUUUAACUCACGUAAAUGAUGAAUAUGCCAAAUUAGUUCAAGUAAAGGAAACAAUAGAAAAAGAAGUCACCGUACUAGAAACGCAAUUAACGACAAAAGAUAGAGAAUUGGCUGAUGUAGAGAAAGAACUCACCGAACUUAAAACUCAAUUAAAGACAAAAGAAGAUGAAUUGACUUCCGCGAAAUCGAAGAGUGAACAAAUGGAGAAAUCUUGUACGGAGUACAAAACAAUUUUGGAGAACGCCACUAAGGAAAAAAGUGAACUGAUAAACCUAAUAAAUCUUAAACACAAUGAAAGUAUACAAUAUCAUACCGAAAUCCAAAGACUAAACCACAUUUUGUUAGAACAAACAAAUGAGUUCAAGCGAAUUAUAGAAGAAAAAGACGCACUAAUACAAAAUAAAACGGAAAAUUGUACAAAUUGCGAGAAUCUAAAGAUUACAUUAAAAGAGAAAGACGAAAUCAUAAAAUCAUUGAAUCAAAAUUCGACAGAAUAUGAAACCAUGAAAUCAGAAUUACUUAAAGCAAAUGAGACAAUUAAAAACUUAACCGAAAAAUGUGAUACUUUAGACAAGAGCUUGGCAAUACAAUUGGAGGCAGUUAAGGAAUUGACAGCACAAAAUGUACAGUUGUCAGAAUUAGAACAAAACUCAACACGUGAACUGGAACGACUCCGUCAGCACCUGAUGGAGAUGGAAGAGAAUUACACUCAGGAGCUAAUGGCUUCGGAACAGAAGAUGAACGAAGUCCAGGCACGGCUACGCCAAGUCGAAGAUCGAGCAAAACAGACCAGUACUGUUUAUACUAGUAAUAGCAUCCGGGCCAAUCAAGAAGUAGAGACACUCCGGAACCAAAUCAAAUUAAUGGAAAAGCAGCGCGAAGAUGUUCAAGCGAAACUGAGUGAGGCUGAAGACGCGAGAAACCGCAGCGAAGCGGCGCUCACCAACUUGCAAGUUGUAUUAGAGCAGUUCCAAUUGGAUAAAGACCGCGACAUACACGCAGCUACAGAGAAAAUACGAAACAAGAUGGAAAGUAUGGAAAAGCAAAACAGUUAUCUUCAAGAUGAAAUAGCUCAUCUCAAUACAAAGCUGGAAGAGUCCUUGGCAGGCCUACAAGCUGCCACCAGAUUAGGUGACCAGGUUGAAACUAAAACAGCACAAAUCAAUGAUUUGAAGGAGCAAGUACGAACUCUCCAAGCGUCUGUGGCGGCUGCUGAAGAAAGGUACUACAAUGCGAUAUCAAACCAGCAAGACAAAGUGGACAAGAAUCUGGUGAAGAACCUCGUCAUUAACUACGUGCAGACUGCUGCUCAGAACAGCACCAACAAAACACAAGUUCUAAGAAUCUUGUCUACUGUCCUGGAUUUCAACCAGCAAGAAUGCGAACGCCUCGGCUUAGUUCGAUCAGCCAACGCGACCGAAGGACUGGCGGUGGAAUUCAUUAAGUUCCUGCAGAACGAGUCGAAACCAAGGGCCCCAUUGCCUAAUAUGAUGGGCUUGACGCAGGGUAAUACCAGUAGAAGCUCCACUCCUGGAUCUAGACGGAGUUCUACCCUUGGUCCCCAUCCGAACCUUCAAGACGUAGGUGUCGUGGGUCACAAACGCAACCCGUCAACAGGUUCCAACAACCUCCUUUUCCAGAACAUUGACGCCACAGAAACCUCCUCACAUGUCAGCAUAGAGUCCGACACCACGAGUCCACGGGGGAUGCUCGACACGGGGGUCACUACGCCUAGAGACACAGAAGGGGCGAUAUUAAAACAUGUACUAAGGGAUAUGCAACAAUAGUUAUUUAAAUCGCGGCAGAUAUCUUGAAAAAUGCACUCUGCAAUAACUUUUUAUAAAAAAAACCGACAUCAAAAGUUCGUGGAAUUACAUCUAUUAGCCAAGUUUUGUUGCGAACCUCCUCCCUUUUUGAAGUCGGUUAAAAAGAAACCUAUUUUCACUUGAAUCUUUUCUUUGCUACCUCUUACGGUUAUUUUUCUUUCUUUUUUCCUAUCAAGUAAAACGUGACCCUUGCGCGUUGCAAUGUAGCCUCAAUAACAAUAUGGUCAAGAUAUUUGUCCUGUGUCAAAUAAAAUAAUUCACCCAAAUAUGAUUCUUUAUAACGUGUUAUUGCAUUGCAUAUUGUUUAUUUUUCAUGGUAUUUAAACUGGCAAGCCGUCUACAGGAAAAGUAUUUUUUUAUUGUGAUUAUACCAUAUAGUGUCUGUUGAAAUUAUUUCAUGUAUUAAUUAAAUGUAUAAUCGAAAUUUAUUAAUUUAAUUAAGGCAUCCAUUAAUUCAUUAUUGUAGUUCUUUAAUUAUGGCUAUAUAAAAAACAUUUUUGUACUUAUUAUAUUGUAGAUACACAAAAAUAAGUUCUGCAAAAAAUGACAGGAAAAGUUCAGGUUCUAUAAUAUGAUUAUAGAUAAAAUGAACGAUAUGGACUUCCAACUCCUUUUGUAACUAAAAAGCAAUAUAUACGGAGGAUGUAUUUGGUAAACAAAAGGACUGCCAUAUUAAAAAUUACAGUAAUUUGUAUUUGAAUUUUUAUUAACACAUUUUUCAAUAAAUAACUUAAAAACUCAAAUAUUCAAAGCUAACUUUGUAUGCCUUCGUUUUAUGAUUGGUUUUAAUUAGAAUUUCGUAAUGAACCAAUGGAUUUAUUUCAAUAUUAUUUAGCAUUUAUUUUAUUUGUAAAUUUAUGUUCAAAGUUAGAUAUAAAUUUAAAAAAUGUAGAUUUUUAUUUUAAUCUAGUAUUAUUUUUUGGUGCCUUAAGACAGUUUAUGAAGCAGCCUAAAUUGUUAUAAUACUUCCUAUCUUUGUAUAAAGUUUGUACUUUGUUAAAGUUAUUUGAUUUAGAUAGAAGAGUAUGAUUUAAACAAUUUACAGUUAGAAGGAGCUGCUUUCGUGCUAUUAAUUAAAAAAAUAUAUAGGUUUUAAACAUGUAAAUGAUGUAAUUAACUGUAUUAUUGCACACAAUUUAGUUUUAAAUUAUUAUUAGUUUAUGAAAUAUGGUUUUUAAUUUGUGCUAAAUUUAUAACAUGUAGUGCAGUCCGCGCUCAUAAAUAAAAUAAUGUUCACAGAUUGUGCGGAGUUUAUGGUGUACUACUGGGCACAGGCUUCUUUAGUCUUUCCCCGGCAGUGGGCUUUAAUAUUGUCGGUGUUUUGUAGAAAGGGCGAAAGCACGAUUUCGAAAAUUUAUUCCGGUGAGCAGGAUUUAGGUUUUAACGACUGUUUUAAAAUAUUUACGUCCUGUCUUAAAAUUUAAUUUUGGUUUUAAUUAACUUUAAGUUUUAAAAUUGAAUUUAAACCAGGACGUAAAUAUUUUAAAACAGUCGGUAAAACUAAAACUAGCUCCCCUCAAAAAUUUUUCGUAAUGGCGCUUUCGCUAUUUCUACGAAAAAGCGAUGGUAUGGUGACGACGAUGGUGUUGAUGAGUUGUUCAGUAUAAUUAGACUGUAACUGUCUGUGGCUGUACUUUGAUUGAUAAAAAUGUAAAACAGCCCGCACCCUGUGUUUAAAAAGUUUUCCAUAGUCGCAAACAUUGACGCACAUACAGAUUUUAAUACGAAGAUAUUUGCCAACUUUUUCAACACUAAGUGUGGGCUACGUUAUAGCUGGCGAAAUAUUAUUUGCACCAAUUCGUCUUAUCGCUUCAUCUUUAAAGUACAAUAGGACAAAAGAGUGAUUCGUCUCGGUAACGCACGUGCAAUCUGUCAAGUGCAAACAACUAGUUUAAAUAAGCACUUAAUUCUAAACUACAAUUUAUACGUAAAUAACUUUUUAAAUUAGUAACAAAAUAGUUGGCAGUUGGGAGUUUUAGGGAGUAUCGACUUUUAAAUAAAAAAGACCCGUUGAGUAAUUAAAUAAUUGAGAACUAGAAUACAUAAAAAGCAUUUAAAGCACCCAUUACUGGUACGUGGACCAAGAUCGUUAAUUGCGUGUACGCUUUAAGUAAAAGAAGUUUUAAUGGUUUUAUUACCUUAUUCAAAGGAUAAGUCGUUCCGGGAGAAAAAAAACAU